AUUUCAUCUCACGUUGCCAAUACACUUAACCAGCCCCUGACCUACUAACACAGAUCAUGAGACAGUAGCCACCUUGAGAGGAAAAAGCCCCGGGAGGAGAGCCAGGUACUUCGCAACUUGGAGGAUUUUCAUCGACACUUCUUUCCUCAUUAGCUGAUGGGAAACCCCAACUUCUUCUCAGUGCUUGAUACGCGGCGGAAACCAGACCAACCCUCCAACCAGGUGCUAGAAAAGAUUUCCUCAACUCAAGUGGAUUAAUCCGAUGUGGAAGUUACUAGUGCUGCACCCAAGCAUGAUGAUGUACAGUUAAAGACCUGUUCUCAUAUUGACAGUAGCCAACAGGGAUAAAAUGCAAUCCAUCAAGCAAGAGGUGGACUCCAGUGAGUCCUACAGUGGAGAGGAUGCCCUGGUCCUGGCUUUACAGGGGACUAAUGGAGACGCGAUAGGCCCAAAAAUCCCCGGUAUUCCUUUCAAAACAAAAAGUUCCUGUCGCAGGAAAAGAGAGUUUAUCCCAGAGGAGAAAAAAGACACCGUUUACUGGGAGAGGCGUCGCAAAAACAACGAGGCGGCCAAGCGCUCCCGGGAGAAACGGAGGAUAAACGACAUGGUGCUGGAGAACAAGCUGAUCGCCCUCGGAGAGGAAAACGCCUCCCUCAAGGCCGAGCUGCUGUCGCUGAAGCUGAGGUUCGGCCUGGUGAGCUUGGCAACAUAUGCCCAGGAAGUGCAGAAGUUAUCCAGCUCCCCUGCCAUCGACCUCUACCAGGAGUUGGUUCCACCCGACGCCGGCCAAAGUUCGUCCGCAGUUUCGGAGCCUCUUCACUUGCGCAGCACCUGCAUAUCAGUCAUCAAGCACUCCCCCCACACGCUCGAGACACGCACUGCAACUAAGGGCAGUUUUGAUAUCUGCAGGCCUGCAGAGGUCAAGCAGGAACCAGCAGAGAAUGGCAGCUAUGCACAAGAGCGUAGUAGUCCCUACGAACUCUACAGAAACUACACGGCCAGCCCUUUGUCUGCAGUCUACUCCCAGCCGGCCUCCUUCCUGCAGCUCACCAGGUCCUCCAGUGACUCCCCCAGGAGCUCAGACGACGGCGCUGUGAGCAAAUCCUCAGAUGGCGAGGACGAGCAGCGGGUCCCCAAAGGGUUGAAGCCGUCUGCAGCUGACCCGAGAAGUGUCAUUGUCUCCACACACAAAGUGCCAGAUGCCAGUUCUUCGGCAUUGCCCCAUAAACUGCGUAUCAAAGCCAGAACCAUCCCGAUCAAAGUGGAGUCCGUGGACCCUGAAUACGAGUCUUCUGAAAGGUCCUCCUCUCCCGUCAGGGUUUUUGAGGGAGGAUGCUACCGGAGCACUCGGGACUCUUCAGAGGACCAGUUGUCCCCGUGCCCUUUGUCAUUACAGGUCACCAACAUGCAGUACUGGAGCCAGCCGUCUGAGCAGUGGCAUAAAAGCAGCACAGAGCCCCCGCAGAAGGGCUGCCAGAGUAGCAGACUGACCCAGAGCCCGGUCUCAAACAAAAGCGUUCGGUCCGAUGUGCACUCGCAUGCUGAGGACUUGUAUCUAAGGCCGGCCCUGGCUGCGUCUGCAACAGUGGUCUCUCUGAAAAGACUGAUCCCAGCACAGCAAGGGUCCGGGACCGAGGCAACCAACAGCCCCACUGAUCAGCAUGAGUCAUUAGCACAAGGAUGGUCCUCUGCAUGACCUCUGUGUUUUCUUUUUUAGCAUUUCCACUGUAUUUGCUGUUGCACUGUGUGGUUCAUAUUGGAGUUAAACAAUGUUUCCAUUAUCGUAACUUUUCAAAUAGAAGCUGUUCAAUUGAUUAAGUUGUUGGAGCAUGAGCAAAGGCUGUUUGCUAGUAUAUGUUGAUUUAAAAAACAUUGAGACAGCGUGGAAUUGCCUGUACUGUAGUUCACAAGGUAAGUUCAUUAAAAUGUACAAUGCCACAGCUCUAAUCCCAUCAGUACAUGUCAUUGUCACCCCUCUGCUCCUUAGUUUCUCAUCUCUAACACAAAUACUGGUUUCAGUUGCUGUUUAAUUAUUAGGGCUGAUUCUUUGAAACUAAAGGAAUUAUUAUUAGUACUGCAAAUGAAUUGCCUUUUUUAGGGGCUUAACAUAUUGAAAAACUCACCAAAAUAGGUGGUCGCAUCAAGUCUGGUGAUUUACGGGUUUCGGGAAUAGGUGCAAAAAUGGUUUGCUAGCGCCCCCUACAAAUAAAAAAUAAAUGAGCCCCUGCAGUACGUUUAAAGUAGACCAACAAAACUUGGUACACAUAUGUAGCAUGGCAGGACGGACAUAAAACUCCAUUGUAGCCCCCCCACUAAACCAAACAGAAGUCUGCCAGUUUGAUUUGAAAGUUUGAAAUUAGUGUGAUUUUGAUCAUUUCCACAUGUCGUACUUUAACUAACUCCUCCUAGAGAUUUCAUCAGAUCAACUUCAAACUUGGUGGUGUCAUCUUAAGAUGUCUCCAAUGAAAAUGUAAUAAAAGAAAAACUUUUCAUCGUAGGACAUGGGCGGGGCGUGGAGGGAAUGAUCCUUUUUGUAUCAUUCUCAUUUUCAUUAAAUUAUUAAAAUUUCAAAAUGUAAGAUGAUCAUAGUGUGAUUAAUGCGAGGAUCUGUACCAGACAGAGAUUCUCUCUUCAUUCUGUAGCAUAGGGAUUUGUAGACUGGGGUUGUACAUUUAUUUGACACACACGUUGCCUUAAACAAAUAUUGCACACUCUUGAAUAUUGCACUAGUCCAUAUUGUGAUUUCAAUAAAAUUGCCGUUAAUUGUGCGUAAUCAGGGAUAGAAAAUAAGGUCAAAGCUAAAGAGAUUGGAAUGAAUUGGUGAUUGAAAACAGUACUUCUGUUAGAAAAAACCGCAGAAUGGUGAGGAUGACAUGACUCUUCAGGGAUUAGGUUAGUGGUGAGUUAUACAUUACACUGAAUUUAAACAAAGGGUUUGUGGGCACUGUUUGAAUGAAUUUACAGUAGAUUGUUCAUUGAUGAUUGUGACAGACAUCAAUGUGUAGGAUAUUAAUGUGUGAAGCUUUUAUUUUUAUUUUACCAAAUGAUUCAUGACUGCUGUCACUGAACACUGUUGCUUUGGUGUUUGUGGAGCAGGAAAAGCCCCCCCCCCCAUUAUUAACAUCAUAUUUCAGCUGGGGGCAAAGUGAUAAAUGUUGCCAAAGGUUUGGACAUUAUUUGCUUUAAAACUGAAAUCUGUUUUUACUAAUGUAGUAAUGUUCUUGUAUCCAUAUGUGUGUUGGUGUGGGGACAGGUUUCCAGUCCAUACGUCUGAUUAAGUUCUCUGCUGCUUCAUUUUAUGGGUUUGUCGUUUCUAAAGACAUUUCCUGGAAGGAAUGUUGUCAUUUGGUACUUAUUAUGGGGAAAAUAUGUUUAAUUGGUAAUCUAACCAAUUAUAAUUCAAUUAAACUGCUGAUGGAACCUAGAAUUUAGUCAGCUGAACAUACUGCACUAUUUCAAACAAAGAUGGAGCUUCUUUUUUUUUUUUAGGGACCUGCUAUUUUCCCUAUAAUUAUUAGUAAUGACGCCGUUCUUUUCAGGAAACUAAAACCGGGACCUGUAAAACACUGCUCUUCUGUUGCCUCUCUGGUCUUGGUUGACCAUGAUGAUGCGCUUACUUCGUCCCUUGGGUAAACGGUACCGGGUUCUUGGACAUGUUGCAUUCACUGACCGUGUCUCUGCAGUCCAGCAGCGAGCUGAAACAACUUCACUGCUGCUCUGCGGUCGUUGUAACACGCAGAACGUUCCAGAUCUUCGGCUUGACCUAAGCUCAGUGGAACUUUGAAAUAGGCUGUGGUGCACGGCUUCACCGUUUGCCAGACAGCAUCACUUCUCUUUAGUUUUCAGAGGGUUUCUGUUGAUGGUUCAAACGUUCCGGUCUGCUGGUUGUACCAAGAAUAAGGAUUACCAUCUGAUGGAGCUGAACACAGUGUCUGACAGGUUUCUGAAGCUCAGACCCACUCUAUCUUCAGGUGUUUGCAACUUCUAGAUCAAUAACAUUUGAAUAUCAAGAGUCCAGUACAUUCAGUUAGGGGGGCCAGAGGGGGUUCAAGGCCCCCAUCCCCCCAAGAAACAUCACUGAGUAUAGUUCUGGUAAUUGUAAACAGAUCUGUCAGGGCUUCAUCAUGAUGUAUUUAUUAAUUUCAUAUACCCAUUUGGGGGGGGGAUUACAUCAUACCUCCUGGUCUUCUCUGUAGUCAGUUUCAAACCGCUGACUUCAGCCAACCCUAGACGAAGAAUGGCGUGUGCAUAUGUUGUCAUAGUUUGGAUUAUUAUGAUGAUGAUAACUCCAUUUGCCCAGCAGCCUGAAGUUAAACUACAUGUAUCUGAACACUUUUCACAUGCUCUAUUGUAAACGUGAGUUUUUGUUUAUAAUAAAUGCAUUGCCACUGAAUUAAGUA